AUGGUGGACCAAUUCUUUCAAUGCUCAGUGUCCGACUGUGGAAGGCCAAGUGCGCGCUCCGUUGGAGCCGGGUGUGAUAUCUGUAGUAUGCACUUUUGUGGCAUCCAUAUGUCCCGGGACUUCCACAAGCGCAGCAUAGGAGACCUGGAUGGCACAACCUACAACGCUCUCAUCAUCGCCGAAGUCGGCCGCCUUCGCGCUGAGAUCAACGAGAAGGCUGUCUGCAAGCUCGCCUCUACCUUAAACGCAGGCAAGCCUUGCGUCGUCGAGUAUCCUUCGCAGGUUGUUGGACCUGACGCCUUGAUGGGUUGUGCCAACUGCCACGUCCGAAUUCUUUUCAGCGAUGGAUCCCCAUCGUGGCUCAUGUGA